AUGGACGCCGACACAAGAACAAUAAUUCUCAUCGACGACGACGUCGCCCCGGGGCGAGCAGUGCGCGUCAACGACGACGACGACGAUGCCGUGCCGGCGUUGCAAGAAAUACUGGCCAUCGACGAGAGGAUGGCCAGGACGACGCGGAAGCUCGAGGCCGAGUUCGCCUAUGUGGAUACCAAGAUCCACCGGUUCCCCCGCGGCUUGCGGGGGAUCGACGGCGGCGACGGCGACGGCGGCCGCUACAUCGCGCCGAGCGUGGUGGCCAUCGGCCCGUACCACCACGGCGCGGCGCGCCUGCAGGACAUGGAGGAGGUCAAGCUCGCGGCGGCGUACCACCUCUGCCGGAGCUCCGGGCACUCGACGGCGAAGGUGUACGAGAGGGUGCGCUCCGUGGCGGGCGCCGCCCGCGGCUGCUACGCCGCCGCCGACCCCUCGGUGGAGGGCGUCGGCGAGGCCGACUUCACCGCCAUGAUGUUCCUCGACGGCUGCUUCCUGCUGCAGUACAUGGUCGACGGCGAGGACGCCGCGCCGGUGCUGCGUAACCGGAUGACGCUGUCUACGGGGCCCAGCAUCCAGAAGGACAUCUUCCUGCUCGAGAACCAGAUCCCCUGGCUGGUGCUCGAGGUCCUCGCGGAGUUCAUCUCCGUCGACGUGCACCGCUUCGUCCACGACAUGGGAGCCAAGUUCCUCCCCGGCAAGGCGAUGGCGAAGUCCGAGAACGGCCGGCGGCGGCUGCCAUGGCCAUGGGGAUGCACAUGCACCGGCGGCCGGGCGACGAAGCCCGCCGAUAGAAGCCGCGGCGGCGAGCAGCAGUACAAGCCGGCGCAUCUCCUUGGUCUCCUCCGGUUCACCCAGGUGGGGAGCAUGCCGGAGGACAUGGUGAAGUACAAGGCGUUCCCGCUGUCGCUGUCCAGCAGCGCGGUGGAGCUCGCGGAGAUCGGCGUCGUGCCGACGCCGAGCACGGAGCAGUGGUUCGGGGACGCGCGCGUCCGGCGGUGCGGCCUGGCCGGCGAGCUGCUGCUGUCGCCGGUGUUCCUGAGCGAGGUGACCGCGUGCUGGCUCGUGAACAUGGCGGCGCUGGAGGCGAGCACCGCCGGCGCGAGCAGGGACUCCGACGGCUUCGUGGUGAGCUCGUACCUGUCGGUGCUGGCGAUGCUCGUGGACCGGAAGGAGGACGUGCACGAGCUCCGGCGGCGGCGCGUGCUGCACGGCGCCCUGAGCAACAAGCAGGCGCUGGGCUUCUUCAAGGGCCUCGGCCAGCACCUCCGCUUCGGCGGCCGCUACUUCGCCGCCCUGGAGGGGAUCGACUCGUACAAGCGCCACCGGUCGCUGAGGAUUGCCGCACACAAGUUCGUCUACAACAACUACAGGUUCAUCGCGGCCUUCCUCUCCGUCACCGGCGUGCUCAUCGGCAUCUUCAAGACCCUCCUCUCACUCAAGCGAUAG